ACAAGAUCUAAGACAGACGCCCUUCUGUAGCAGGAAAGUAUUCUGACUCUGAGAUCGGACUCUGGACAGACCUCCAAAGACAAGGAUGCACAGCCUUAUCCUGAUAUCAACCGUUCUCAUCAUGUUCAUCUGGUCUUGUUUAUCUGAAGAGCCUACAAAAACAAACUUCUGUAUUGCAAAGCCAGAAAGAUAUGGAAAAAAAGGAAGAGAAGGUCCACCUGGCCCAAAAGGAGACAAGGGAGAGACAGGAGGAGAUGGUGCUCAGGGUGUUUCUGGGAUCAGUGGACCUUCAUGCCCACCAGGGCAGAAAGGAGAGAAAGGCCAUCCAGGAAUCCCAGGCAUGCAAUUUACCUACUGGAGCAGAUAUGGACAAAAGAUGUUUGCCACCAAAAAUGAUACACUAAACUUUAAAGAAGGCGUGAAGCUCUGCAAGGAAGCCAAUGGAGAAAUUGCAAUACCAGUAUCAGCAGGAGAGAACAACGCAUUAUGGCAGCUUGUAAAACUGACCGGAGUGGCAUACCUUGGGGUGAACGACUUGAAAACAGAAGGCCAAUAUGAGGACUUCAACACAAGGAAUCCUGUGAUGUUUACUAACUGGAGAUCAGGGGAGCCCAAUGAUUACGGAAGCAGGGAGGACUGCUCUGAAAUGAAGUCAGAUGGGACUUGGAAUGACAUUGGGUGUCAGUGGAGUCUGGCAAUAAUUUGUCAGUUCAAGUUAAAAUGAAUAGAAUAGAAUGCCUUUUACUGUCACUAUACACAUGUACAAUGAGAU